GCCAGAGAUUCGCCGCUCCGGUCGGCCCCUCCGCCGCCCGCCAUGCGGCGGCUUCUGCUGCCGCUGCUGCUGCUGCUGGGGCUGGGGCCGGAGGGGCAACCGCAGCCCCUGCCCCCCUCGGGCGCCCAGUGCUUGGAGCACGAUUGCUUCGGCAUCUUUUGGGGGUCCCAUCCCUUCGCGGAGGCCAGCGCGGAGUGCGAAAGGGGCGGCGGGCACUUGAUGACCGUCCGCUCGACGGUGGCGGAGGAUGCCAUCGCCCUGCUGGUGCAGAACCGCAGCGGGCGACUGUGGCUCGGGCUACGCUUGCCCCAGCCCUGCACGGACCCGGCUCAGCGCCUGCGGGGCUUCCAGUGGGUGACGGGAGACGGCCGCACCGACUACGCCAACUGGGAACCUUCGACGGGGCGGCGGAGGUGCGGGGACAGGUGCGUGACGGUGUCCCGGGAGCUGCGCUGGGAAGAGCAGAAGUGCGAGGAGCCGGCCGACGGGUUCCUGUGCGAGUACAACUACGGGGGCAGCUGCCCGCGCCUGCCCCCCGUCGAGGGGCUGCUCGUCACCUACACCACCCCCUUCGGCGCCCUCGGCGGGGACUUUCUGGCUCUUCCCCCCGGCAGCCUCGCCCGGAUCCCAAGCAUGGGGCUGGAGCUGCGCUGCUCCGAAGGAGGGGACGGCGGGGGGCUGCGAUGGAGCCGCGACCACCCCCCGGGGGGGGCCUGGCCCUGCCGCUUGGCUAACGGCGGCUGCGAAGGGACCUGCGAGCAGGAGGAGGAGGGCGGGCAGCCGCGCUGCUCUUGCCCCGAUGGCAAGGUGCUGGCCCCCGACGGCCGCGGCUGCGGCUCGCCCUGCGCCGGAGCCCCCUGCCAGCAUCACUGCGUGGUGGCCGGCAGCGGCUUCAUCUGCAUGUGCGAGGCGGGGUACCGGCUGGCGGCCGACGGCAGCAGCUGCGAGGACGUCGACGACUGCGCCCUGGAGCCCGGGCUGUGCGAGCAGCUCUGCGUCAACACCGAGGGGGCCUUCGAGUGCCGCUGUCACAGCGGCUACGAGAUGCUGGAGGGUCGCUGCCGGCCCGUCUCCCCCUGCUACCGAGCCCCCUGCGAGCAGCACUGCGAGGAGGUGCCCGAGGGGGGUGGGUACCUCUGCGGGUGCUUCCCCGGCUACGCCGUGGACCCUCGGGACCCCAGCCGGUGCCUCCUGCACUGCAACAGCAGCCAGUGCCAGGCCCAGUGUGACCCGUUCACCCUCUCCUGCGAGUGCCCCGACGGCUUCGUGCUGGAUGAGGACCAGAGGGUCUGCGUGGACCUCGAUGAGUGUGACAUGAACUACUGCCCCCAGAACUGCACCAACCACCCCGGGGGCUACCAGUGCCACUGUCAGGACGGCUACUAUCUCCACAACCAGAACCACUGUGUGGAAAUCCCACUGAUCGAUGAGGACGGGGAGUCCUCAGGGGAUUUCGGGCCCCAGAGUCCCGUCCCCACCAGGACCCCCCCAGCCAAGGUGGAGCCCCUCCACCCCGGUGUGCUGGUAGGCAUCACUUUGGGUGCUCUCUGCACUGCCCUGGCCCUGCUGGCCCUGGGCUACUGCCUGGCAAAGAGGUGCUGCAGCCCCCCCGCCACCAUGGAUUACAAGUGCAGCAGCCCCCACGAGAAGGAGAUGGGACUUCAUCCAGUCAGCUCCAGCUGUGCCACCUCUGGCCAGAAACUGUAGGGAGACUGGGACGGAUGGACGGAUGGAUGGAUGGAUGGAUGGAUGGAGGGAUGGAGAGAGAGAGGGGGAGGUGGACAGAACUGGGUAACAUUUCCUUUCCCUCUCACCCUGCAAUUUUUUAAUGAUAAAAGAAUCAUUAUCAUCGAGUCCGGACUCGGUGAUUUCGGUUGGACUCCAUGACCUUGCAGGUCCUUUGAGGCUGGGAAAAGCUGUGAUCACCCCCACUCCUCAGAGUACUCCCUGCUUCCCAGCCAGCUCCUGCAAUACCCACUCCAGAGAGCAGGGAAUUUGGAAGGCACAGAGCCCUCCCGGGCUUGAUUUUCCUUCUCUCGAGCUGGCAGCUGGAAGGGGCUCCAAGGAAAAUACAGGAGUGACAUUUCCAUCUGGAACUGUUUAAAUCCUCAUCGAUGGGGGGGAGAGCACGUGUGCCACGGCUGGCCAAGUCCUUGUGGGCUGUGGAAGGUCGCCUGGCCCCAAUUUCCCUUCUGCUUGGCCAGGAAGCAGGCUGCUGGGCUGGGCAUGGCUGUUUCCCCGGGGUGGAGAGCAGCUAGGAUGCUCCUGCCAUCCAUCUGGGCUCAGUUUUGGGUUUUUGGGUGAUGGAAAGAGGAGCAAAAAUCCUGUGGUCAGCACUUUGCUUUGCUCGUUGGCAGAAAUCUCAGUUUUUGUUCCCCCCCUCCCAUCUUUUGCCUCUCACCUCUGCCUGCUGAGCAGUUUUCACUGUAAAUCACCAGUGACAGCAGGGACCCUGCUGAGUGGCCCCGUGUGAGGGCUCAGAUGCCUGAUUUUUAUUCCAUCUCACAGUUUAAGGUUUGGUUUUUUGUUUUUGGUUUUGGUUUUU